UGGAACUGUAAACAACGAAACGUCAAAGUCAACUGUUCGCCGCUCCGGACGUGUAGUUUGUAGAUUAAUUUAAAAAAAUUGUAAAAUGCAUUUUCCCCUUCGUAAAUGUUAUCAUGUGAUAAAAAUAGGGACCUUAUUAGUGAUUAUUGUAACAAUUCUCACGCUAUUCGAACAAUGGCGUGGUGGUAAAAGAACAGCGCGCGCUCAGGAUUUUGAUGCACUUGAAGAUGAAUAUGAAAAACAAGUUCUUGUCGAUGAGGCUCGGAUUAUUCCUGGACUAGGAGAAGGUGGAGUAGCAGCGCGUCUAGUUGGUGAAGCUAAGCGUCUAGGAGAAGAGUCCGAGAAAGCACUAGCUAUUAACGUAUAUUUAAGUGACCGGAUCGCGUAUAACAGAACUUUAAAAGACUAUCGUAAUCCUGCAUGUCGCCGAGUGCUCUACGAUGCAGAGUUACCUUCUGCUUCGGUCAUCAUCAUCUUCCACAAUGAGCCAUAUUCCGUUGUGGUUAGAACAAUAUGGAGUGUAGUUAACAGUGUGCGACGGUCCCAACCAUGGUACACACGUGCAAAUUACCUGAAUCGAGCUACCGGGAGGACUAUGAACUUAGGUUAUCCUGGUCAAGAUCCAAGUUCACCUUUUGUUUACUUGAAGGAAAUAAUACUGGUGGAUGACAAUUCUACGUUACCAGAGUUAAAAGGAAAGCUGAGCCAUUACAUACGCACUCGAUUACCACCAGACUUGAUACGUAUUUUAAGAUUACCGGAUCGUGUCGGUCUAACUCGAGCGCGGCUGGCGGGCGCGAGGUUCGCGACAGGCGAUGUGCUAGUAUUCCUGGACGCGCAUUGCGAGAGCCAGGCGGACUGGCUGCGGCCGCUGCUGCAGCGCGUCAAGCAGUCCCCCACCAGCGUGGUGGUGCCCAUCAUCGACGUCAUCGAGUCGGGCAACUUCUUCUAUAGUGUGCAAGACCCGCAGGCGUUUCAGGUUGGCGGAUUUACAUUUAUGGGCCACUUUACGUGGAUAGACGUGCCCGAAAGAGAGAAGAAGCGUCGAGGCUCUGACAUCGACCCAACUUGGUCGCCGACAAUGGCGGGUGGUUUGUUUGCGAUGAACCGCGCUUACUAUUGGGAGUUAGGUGCGUACGAUGAGCAGAUGGCGGGCUGGGGCGGAGAGAACCUUGAGAUGUCCUUCAGGAUAUGGCAGUGUGGUGGUACACUGGAGACGAUACCAUGUUCCCGUGUCGGUCACGUGUUCCGCAGCUUCCAUCCGUACGGCCUGCCCGCUAUGUCCGACACGCACGGAAUCAACACUGCUCGGAUGGCGGAGGUUUGGAUGGAUGAUUAUGCGGAGCUUUUCUAUUUGCAUCGACCUGAUUUACGUAAAAACCCAAAGAUCGGCGACGUGACACACCGCCGGAUACUGCGAGAGAAAUUGCAUUGCAAGAGCUUCCAAUGGUACCUCGACCAUGUGUAUAAAGAGAAGUUUGUACCAGUGAGAGAUGUAUAUGGUUUUGGCAGAUUCCUGAAUCCGUGGAGCAAUCUUUGCUUAGACACGCUGCAGCGGGAUGGGGAGGGGACACCGCUGGGUGUGUACCCCUGCCACGACACGCUGCAGGCCACGCAGUACCUCUCCCUGUCACUCAGGGGAGAGUUGCGAGAUGAGGAGAAAUGCGCUGAACUGCAGUUCUCCAGACAUAUACCGGAAGAUAAUAUAGACGAAGAAGGUCGCAGAGUACUGAUGGUGACUUGUCAUGACAAGAAUAGAGGACAGAAGUGGCAGUACCUGGACAGCAAGCAGCUGCAGCACGUGGAGUCGCAGCUGUGCCUGCAGGCGGGGCCGCGCGCCGGCGCCGACGUCAGCGCGCGCCGCUGCCGGCCCGGCCUGCCCGCGCAGCACUGGCUCAUCGACUACAGCGAGGACAACGACUUCAGGGCCUCCAACGAUGUAGAGCCCAGUGAACAAGAAGUGAACCUAAUGCGACUCAGAGGACAACGGCGAAAAUCCCGUUCUCUUCUAUCAGUUGAAACGGAGAACGAGGCGAAAGAUGCCCGCAGAGCUCACAAAUCUAAACGCAAAGGAAAGAAAUCAAAGAAGAAGAGUAAGAAGAAAGUAAUCAAGAAUAAGUUCAUUCUCACUCUCGUACGGACAAUGAAGAAUAAUACAGAAGAACAUUUAGAAACCGAGAUACAUUGUAAACACACCCGGCUUUAUCCUAAUAAUACAUUUGUUAGAGACCUCGUUACUAUACUCAACGAUAAUAAUAUCAAGGUGAUAAACAACGGACGUGUGUUCGAACGGAACAAGGUGACAGAACUCAGCAAGGACAAGAAGGUGGAGAAGGUGUUGAAGAAGAUGGACCUCCGUAUGCCGGCGGAGGAGGACACGGCCAGCGUCACCCCCGCCAUGCCCCAACCACACAACUCUGUAGGACAAAUACCGAUACCGAAGCAGCCGUGGCGCAACAGCAAGAAGCUGAAGCCGGGGCGGCUGGUGGAGGAGCCGGCUGGGGGUGGGGGUGGAGCCGGGGUCGGGGGCGGCGGGGCCGGCACGGAGGAGGACGAGGUAAUUGCCCCCGCGGGCAGGCCGCCGCCCACACAGAACAAGAUCAUUGUCGAGGAGUUCGUGGAGGUGAAGCAACUGCCCAGCGAUGUACCUCAGCAAUCAACAAAGAAGAGAAAGCAUAGACGCAAGCACACCACCGUGGUGCCGAUGUACCAGCCUGAUGAUAUCGAGGACACGCCAAUGUUGGAUACCAAACUAAGAGCUGGUUUGCCGACUUGGAGCGAUGAUUACGAUAACUUCAAGAGAGAAACAUCAGAAGAAAAAGCCGGAAACAUGAUGAUAAGUGUUGAGAACUCGCAUUACCCUCCGCAGACAAUGAAGAGUAACUUCGGCAACGUGCUGGUGGAGCGGCUGCAGCACGCGCGGCCGCACGUGCGCGCGCAGGACGGACCCUACAUCGAGGCGGGUACGAGUGAGGCGCCGGGCGGGGCGGGCGCGGGGGCGGGGGCGGGGGAGGCGGCGGGCGAGGGGGCGGCGGGCGGGCCGCCGGUGCCGCGGGCGCGCGCGCAGCAGCCGGUCAAGCUGGUGAUGAAGAGCAACCUCACCUUCAACCUCGGAGACGAGUUCUUCAACUGGCGACGGAACGCUGAUGAUGUCGCACAAUUCUUAGGCGAACUGGGUAUACCUUUAAAUACUAACGCGACGCGGUCCAUCGUGAACUGGACGAAGCCGCUGAAGAUCGAUGCAAAGGAGUUGCCAGCGCGCAACGCCACCACCUCCAGCGCCACCGGCGAGGACUACUCCUCGGGCUCAUCGGAGAGCGCCAGUAAGGAGAUUUAGAUUACAUUCGCCAUCUUGUGACAAAUGUCGUCUUUUGCAACAAAUGUCAUCUUAUGUGUCGCCAUUGUGUGACAAAUGUCAUCUUAUAUGUCGCCAUCUUGUGACAAAAGUCAUCUUGUGAUAUGUGGAAGCAAAAAUAUGUUGAAUUUUAAAAUUAUAAUUAACUUUGCUUUUACAUAUCUUGUAACUAAACAUAUCUGGAAAGACAAUGUAUGUAAACAACAGAAUCUACUUUUAAGACUGAAUAUUAUAUAAAAUUCCGUCCAAUUAUCUACAUAAUAGUGCAAAACAGAUAUAUUCGGGGCUAUGUAGACUUUUUAAACGUUUUUAUCCUGUCAUUGUUUUUGUCAAAUAAUUUGAUAGAUGGGCCUUUCUUAGUCUGUCCAACGUGCAAUGUUUGACAAUCAUAGACAAAAACAUCGCAGAACGGUUUAAAAAACAUUUUAUUUUUAAUUUGGCGCAGCUAGAAUAAAUGAUUUUUUAUAAUCUGUGAAUUAAUAAAAAUUCAGAUUUUCUUUUAAAGAUUAAAAAUAAUAAUAACGGUGUUUUGACAAGAUUAGGUAUUAUGUAGUUGUUAAAGCAUAAUAAACUUAACUGUGUUAUAUUUUGUUGGCAUAAUAUUAGAAGUUCAAUAUUAUUGUGUUCUUUUGUAAAUAGUUAUGUAAACUUAGUAAUUUGUUAAAUUAUUUAACUUGAUGCCGCCACAAUUUAUUUUGUUAGAAGU